AUGUUGGAAAAAUUUGAUCAUCAGUUAAACUUAACAGUCAGAUUCGUUGAAACCAACGCUCGAUCGAUUCAAUCUCUGUCUAGAACCACAGCUGAUGAGUUCCAAUCAUUGGCCAAAGUAAUAACUCACACCCAGGAUGCCCUCAAGCAAUCGAGUGAGGUAAUGAAUGAAAAUUUUGACAUGUUUAACGACUCACUAAAGAAUAUGUCUAGAGCGGAAGAAUUAACUCAGGCCAUUACGUUAACAUUGAUAGAAUUAACCGAAUGCAAUGCAAAGACAUCAUUACUAGAGACUUCCUUGUUAACAUCAGCCGAAUUUUAUGUUUACUUUAGCGAUGCCAUGGUCAGUGGAAACCUGCUAUUAUCACUAGUGCACACCAGCCAGGUUGUAGAAGUUAUGAAAUCAAUAACCCAAAGUUUACCUGAGAGCCUGGCAUUACCACCUGCUAUCCUCUUUGACGAGAUGCUCAGCCACAUACCAGUUAAGGUGGGUGUGAAUGCUGGACAUGUAAUACUCGUGAUGACAGUACCAAUAAUAAAGAAACCAAGACAUUAUUUUACAGUUAAGAUGAUAACUCACCCACUCUAUAUAGUUCGUUACCUUAUAGUACCUGCAAUUUACCCCAUGUGUGGGGCACCAACACUGACCAAGACUGUGGUGCACAUGCUGUUCUACGUGGUGAUAAGAUCAGGGAAAGUCUUUAUUACUCCUAUAGACACGAAUACAUGGCUGAUAACACACAAUGCUGAGACACGUGACCUUGCAGUAAUCUGUCGAAACGGGACAAAAACAAGCCAGAGUACGAAAACUCAAAGCCAAACAAGAUUAAUCCUACCAGCUAACUGUAUAGCAAAGAUAGAUGGUUACAAAAUCGAACCAACCCAGGAGAUAUUAGAUUCUGUGAAGAGUGAAUCAUUGGUGGGAGACAAAUACGUCUUUGGAGACCUUCCAGAGUUGAAGCUAGACACAAUUGAUUUUGAUUCUACAAAUAUUGCCUCAGCCAGGCUUAAAAGGGCUAAUGAGGUCUUCAACGUGUCUGCUCCACAGGUAGAAGGUAGCGUAGCAAAACUAUCAGACUUGAUCACCAAUUCUCGGAAUGCUACGAAGACUUACCACUCGGAUAUAGAGAUAUUAACUAAUGAAAUAAUCAAGUUAAAGAAGAAAGUUGCCGAAGAUGCGGCAGCAGGAUUCUCAAUAGGACGAUCACACCGUGUAUUUGAAAUCCCAAUCGAGCUGUGCACCAUCCCAGGAAGAGCUAUGGCAUGGUCAUGUACACCAUCCAAGGGUUAUACACAACUGCUAGAACAGAACCAAUCCGUAAAACGAUGGAGCAAUGCCAUGGUUAUGAAAUUAGAUUUAAGGCAGAUAUCAUUAGUUAACUCCGAUUAUCCAUCUCUCAAAUGGAGUCAAAAUGUGCCCAGCAAAGUAAAGGUAAACCUAAAUCAUUUGGGUCAUAUAAUCAAUCACCAUGCUAGAUGGGACUGGCUAUCAUUGAACAUUGUGUCUGUUACAGGAUUGGGUAUCUCAUUUCCAGGCACAUUUCGGUACAUCUAUCAUUAUAGUAAGCCCGCUAGUGUAAAUUACCCACAUACUGGUGCAGUGACUGUUGAUGAUGAGUGGGAUGGUGACCUUGAAUUGUAA